GGUCCAAGGACACCCGCCCCGCGCUCGGCGGGUCGGCUCCCGGCUCCGGGGUCUCGCGGGCCGCGGACGGCAUGGCUCCUCUCUGCCUCAAUUGCUCCAUCCUCUCUGGAGACACGUCCCCAGGGCGUUCAAGGAUCCCAGUGCCCUGCAAUGGCAGUAGGGCCUGGGGGGUCUUUGGCCCCGAGGAUUUGAACCUGACUGAUGAGGAGCUGAAACUCAAGUACCUGGGGCCCCAGCAGACGGAGCUGUUCACACCCAUCUGUGUCACAUACCUGCUGAUCUUCGUGGUGGGCGCCGUGGGCAACGGGCUGACCUGCACGGUCAUCCUGCGCCACAAGGCCAUGCACACGCCCACCAACUACUACCUCUUCAGCCUAGCCGUGUCGGACCUGCUGGUGCUGCUGGUGGGCCUGCCUCUGGAGCUCUAUGAGAUGUGGUCUAACUACCCCUUCCUGCUGGGCGCCGGCGGCUGCUACUUCCGCACGCUGCUCUUCGAGACAGUCUGCCUGGCCUCUGUGCUCAAUGUCACUGCCCUGAGUGUGGAGCGCUACGUGGCCGUGGUGCACCCGCUGCAGGCCAGGUCCAUGGUGACUCGGACCCGCGUGCGCCGUGUGCUCGGGGUCGUCUGGGGCCUCGCCGUGCUCUGCUCUCUGCCCAACACCAGCCUGCACGGCAUCCAGCAGCUGGACGUGCCCUGCCGGGGCCCGGUGCCCGGCUCAGCCGUGUGCACCCUGGUCCGCCCACGGGCCCUCUACAACCUGGUCGUGCAGACCACCACUCUGCUCUUCUUCUGCCUGCCCAUGGCCACCAUCAGUGUGCUUUACCUGCUCAUUGGGCUGCGGCUGCGGCGUGACAGGCUACUGCUGCUCAGGCAGGAGGCCGAGGGCAGGGCCAGGUUCAGCAACACCUGCAGGCUCCAGCGGCUGCAGGAUAGGGGUCGGACACAGGUGACCAAGAUGCUGUUUGUGCUGGUCGUGGUGUUUGGGAUCUGCUGGGCCCCGUUCCACAUUGACCGCCUGAUGUGGAGCUUCGUGUCCCAGUGGACUGAGAGCCUGCUCCUGGCCUUCCAGUACGUGCACGUUGUCUCCGGUGUCUUCUUCUACCUCAGCUCCGCCGCCAACCCCGUGCUCUACAGCCUCAUGUCCAGCCGGUUCCGGGAUACCUUCCAGGAAGCCCUGUGCCUGGGGACCCGGUGCCACGGCCACAGAUCCCACCGCGGCUCCCACAGCCUCAGCAGGGUGACCACGGGCAGCACCCUCUGUGACAUGGGCUCCCCGGGCAGCAGGGCCUACCCUCUGGCUGAGAAAGGUGGCCCAGAGGGACAGCAAGAGACUGACCCCUCCUGAGUGGGGCCCCAAAGCAGUGUCACCUGGAGUGGCUAGAGCGCCAGGCACAGCUCUGGGAGCCACACCAGCCUUCCUCUGCAGGGAUGUCUUCAUGACCUGUCCCCCUUUGUGCCCUGUCCCACUUCAGCCUAGAAACUCUGACCAGCCCCUCAGUGACUCCUGCCCCCACCCAUGCAUUGGAAGGGACAUAAAGUUGCUGUCCGCCCUCCAGACCCCCAGGUCCCAGUUCAAGUCCUCCCCCUGCAGGAACAACACAGUUGGUUAAUUGGGCACAGCAAGCCUCCAUCUGGGGACUCCCCCACCCUCACCCCCAGUUUCUGCAAUGUUCCCGGGGCCCUACCUUUCUUUCUCAUUUCUUGUUGAGCUUCUGCAGGUUCUGGCCCAUUCUGUCCCUCUCUAGCUCUUGGCCUGCACCUGGGACCCUCCUCUGACCUGACCCCUCCCUGCCCCCAGUCGGCUGAUUCUGCCCGGGGAUCUCCUCUGCCUGGUGGUGCUGCUGGGUGGCAGGGGUGCCAGGGAUCCAGGGGACCUGGUUUCAAUCUCAGCCCGGCUACCACCACCUUGCUGUGUGGCACCAAGCAAAUGGCCUCACCUUUCCAGGCCUUGGUCCCAUCCCGUUUGCAAAAUGAAAGGGGCCCUGACAACCUAAGUGUCAGGCUUUGGCACUUUAGCUGUGGUUUUCUGUGUGUGCAUAAGUCACUGCUUGUAACAAAAACAACUGAUACCCUCAGAUUAACAAGGCGGAAAUUACUCUCUACUUCCUCACCACCCCCACCCCCUACUCCCUCCCUGAUCUCCACGUGCACCCCCCACCCCCCACCCCAGAGCCAUUCAGGACAUGUUCUUUGCUUGUCCUAGAACAGCUGUGAGCAGGGGUCCCUGCCUGCCUCCGUCCUCACCUCUGCACAGAUGGGCUUGGGAGCCUGAGGUGAGCAGAGCACUGGGCCUGGCCGGCCAGAGGAUUUCUGGGGGCAAGAGACAUGGGUCAACCAAGGGCAAGGAGUGUCCCUGUGAAGACAGUUCUGCUUGGGAGUCAGUGAGGUGAGAAGAGAGAUAGGACAAGUAAGUCCUGAAGCGAAGUCCCAUCCCGAAUCCCCAUGGGCCAACUUGGUGUUCAGUCAGGACUCAGUGGCUGGAACUUGUCCCUGGACGCUGUCCUCCUCCUGAGAGGAGACUGCAGUAGCAGGAACCCUGGCCACCCUGGCGGGGAGCUGCAGGGUGCCCGGGGUGAAGAAGGCAGUGUGCCGCGGGGGCUGCUGGUCCGAGCCCUCCCUGAGACCCUCCCUAGCUCAGACCCCAGGUUCCCCGCCUGGAAAGUGGAGGAGACCAUAGAGUGCUGCACAUAACGUCCUGGAGUUUUUGAGAUUCAAUUAUAAAAAUAACAAAUGCUCAUUGUAGAAAAUUUGAAAAGUACAAAUAAGCAAAAAUGAAAACAAUUAAAAACCACCCUUGUCGUGACUAGGGGAAGGGGGAAAUGGAGAAUUGUUUAACGGGUACAGAGUUUCAGUUUUGCAAGAUGAAAAAGUUUGGAGAUUGGUUGCACAACGGUGUGAAUGUGCUUAAACACUGAACUGUACACUUAAAUGGUUAAGAAGGUAAAUUUUAUGUUAUGUAUAUUUUACCACAAUUUUUUUAGAGAAAGAAUUAAGUCUAAAGGAAAAGAAAAAAAUAAAACCACCCAUAACUUUACUCUCCAGAGGUAACCAUCGUAUAUAAGAUAAGAGGGGGGAUGGGGAUUCUUCUGAGAAAGGAGCUCGUGAAGCGGCUGUGCAGGGCUGUGAUGCCCAAUGUCCCCUCUGAAAUGAGCUCCGAGGGGGCCCUGGGCUGGCGUGUGGGGAGCAGCCAGACCCCAAACUUCAGGCUGGAGCCUGCAGUUGUGCCCAAAGACUAACUGGACUCCCAGGGGCCUCUCAUAAGUGACAGAGACGACUCAUGCUCCUGAGGAACUCUGGUCAGCGUGUAUUCUGGAUGGGCCUACUAUGUGCAAUGGGCAGACUGGGGAAGGUGGGGCAGCUCUGGGCUGAGCCCUUGAGAAAACCGGAUGGAGGUGGAAAGGCCAGUCAGCAAGAUCCCAUCCUCUCAGAAGCCGUAUCCCCUGCAGCUUGCUCUUCUGCACUGGUCACGGUCGGGGCAGCAUUCUCCUGAGGGCCCAGUGCCACUCCCAGGCCAGGAGUCCUCAACUCUUUAUAAGUAUCUGGCUCAUCUGGGACUCGAGUCACCCACAUCCAUCCUCCUGUCUGCUCCACUCCUGCCAUUAUCCCGGGCGACGUCGAAGUCCACGUGGAUGGCCCACUGCUGCCCUGCUGUCAGCUCUUGAUCUUUCCUGCAGCUCUGAGACCUCUCCUCCACGCCAGCCUCUUAGCCCUCGGUCACAGCCUCACUCCCAGGACCUCCAGGAGUUUUUCCAUUUCUAGGAGUGUGAAGUCUUGAUCACGACUGCCUCCUUCCUGCUCUCUUACUCUGUUAUUCCCACGAUAGAUUUAGUCUUCAACCUCAUCUAGCCUUCCCGGUUCUCGACUGCUCUGCUUUCUCCCAACCCAUCAGCUUCCUCUGACCUUCACCUCCUUCCUGGUGGGUCCUGGAUCCCACAGUCAUCACACACAACCCUCUCUGCCAGUAUUUCUGAGGGCCAAGGUGAACACACUGGAAUCACCCUCUCUCAGAAAAAAGUUUAUUUUCUUUGGGAAUUGAAAGUCCAAGAUUAGUCUCAUCAAUAAACAAACCUGCAUUUGCCCACCCUUCCUUCUGUUCAGUAUCUGCUUGGGAAAUGUAGAGUACCCAGCACUUCACGUCUGUUCUUACAUAAUCAGAUGGUAUUUCCAAAUGAAUCCUGACAUCUGGGAGCCCAUCUCAUUUUGUACACUUCUCAGAGUCUCCCGCCUUCCCCAGUCUUGUCUUCUAAUGGAUCCACCAAGUUUUCUUUGUCCCAAGUUUUCCUUGUAGAGAGGAGUUGCCUUUUGGGGGGCUCCCUAGCGUUUGAACUCCCUUUCCAUUGGGAGUGUGUGAAUCUUGGUGGGAGACCAAGCCCAGGCUCCCACUACAGAAGCUGAAAGGGUUUCGGACACUCUCCACCACUGAUGUCACUGUGUGGCCCAUGACUUGCACUCAGCCAGCGGGAUGACCUGACAUGGCACUCCUAUCUGGAGCAAGUGAUACUAAGACCCAUGACAGCAGGGGCAGCCGUGUCCAGGGCAGCAGUGCUAACAGCAUCCUGUGCAGGCUGCCCCUGGGGCUUCUGCUGUUCAGCAUCCCUUGGCUCCUGCCCGUUUUCUCCGCCAGGUUUUCCAGCCUUCCUGUUGAUGUUCUGAACUGCUGAGAGCCUUUCAAUAAAUUCCCUUUCUGCUUGAGUUGGCCAGAGUGGCUUGCUGCUGUCUGCUACCAAGAACCUUAACAGAUCCAUCCAUCCGUGGGUUUGAAGGUUACACAUUCUGUUUGUUCUACUUGUGGUUAUCUUUAUACAUUUCUAACAUAAGCAGAUAUUAUCACUGAUUUUUUUAAAACCCCAAACUACAGUCUAUAAUACUUAAUCAUCACUCUCAUGUUCUCUCACCCUGUUUUUAAAACGAUCUUUUUUUUUAAGAGGCAAGAGAAGGAGGACAAAUUUAAGCAAUUGGAUCCUAGAAACAUAUUUACUAACAGUCUAAACAUCUUCAGCACAAGAAAAGAACUUUAGUGUUCUUCUACUGACAAGCAGUCAGGUAUGGAGGUGGAGCAAGGACUGGAAUCGGCUGCCCUGGUUUGAAUCCUGGCUCAGCUACUAACUACCCUAAAAGCCAGAGUGGCCUUAGGCCAAAGUCAGACUGACUGAGAGUUACUGACUUUUCUAAAGAAAGAAUGUGCAACCUGCGUGCACACAAAUGAGAGAGUCAGAGGCCAACACUGACAGCAGCAUCCUUCCAAACAGUGUCUAGGUUCCUAAAUCGACAAGGUUUAGUCUGAGGAUGGUAGUUACUCUCCAAGGUAAAUGUCCCUUUGUGUGGCCUCUCUAAAUGCAACAUCCCAACUUUACCCUCUUGCAAGCUUAUGCACGGGGCAGGGCAGGACAAUUGAGGGGCUGUUUAGGAACAGAGGCCAAGGCCCAGGUGAGGGACAGUGGGCAUUCAGGGAAGGCUAUACCUGGCUGGGUAAGAGUGCCCUGGCUCAGGAGAGGUGGCCACAGGUUGGGGCUAAGCUGGAGGGCCUGGAAGCUGCUGCCACAUGCUCUGGAACAUCUACAAGAGUACCUGGGAUCGUUUAAUCUAAUAUUCAAGUACCUUUAUCAGCUCUAAGCAACGUGGGCAUCAUUCACUCAGCUAACAUCUAUUGAGCAGCGUGUGCCAGGCACUGUACAAGGCUAGAAAGGGGGGCAUACAAACAUACUGGCAUGUAAGGGCUCUGACAGCUGGGACUCUGGGGGCACAGAAGAGAGGUACCUGUCCCAGUGGAGGGAAGGCUUCCAGGAGGAGGCAAUGCUGCUCAAGACUCAAAGUCCUGGGAGAAGGGGUCCAACUGGCCUCUGAGCUUUGCUCAGGGGAGGGUAGAGCAUUUUUAAUGACAGUUCCACCAACACUGAAUCCAGGGGAGGAGGUGGGAGACCCUAAAGGGAACGAGGGCUGUCAGGAGGAGGAAUGGACACUGGACAGGCCAAAACAAGGCAAAACAGACCGUGGUCCACAUUCAUUGCUCUCAUUCCCUGGACUUCCCUGGCUGCCCUCCCUGGAAUUGGGAUCUGGAACCUUCUCCCUGUCUGUCUCACCUUCAUUAGACGUGCACAGGCAGGAUUUCGUUUCCAUUUUAGUUAAUUGGAAAAAAAUAAAGUACACACAAUGAAAAUAAUUACUUCUAUUCCCAACACUAAAUUAACCACUGUUAACAUUUUGGCAAUACGAGUACUAUCAUUUUCCCACACAUAUCCCCUCCCCCCAUUAAUGAAUAAUAGAUUGUUUUCAAUCAUUUGCUUUAUAAAACAACUGCCUAGAGCCAUCUGGUAGAAGGUCGAUGGUUAUAAUGGAUGGAUGAAGCGGACAACACCCCAACCAGCUGAUCACUUUUAACAUCACUGAAAGUGGGACAGCUGGAUGUUAAGCGCCUCCUAGAGGAAUGCAACAGAAACACACGGCACCAUCCGUGAAGUCUUCCUGCAAAAAAACAGCCUGAGUCUAACGUAGCCUCUAGAUACAACUACCAAUUUACACUACCAAUUUACAAGAACCCGGAGGAUGGAGGAAUAUGUUCAAGACACCCCAAAGGUGUCAUCCAAGUCCACAAUAAGGACAAAUUCUUUAAGGACAAAUGACUUGGUUUUUUCAACAAAUAAACAGUAUUUAG